AUCAGGCGGCUGCAAAGGGUGGCAGUACGACCCUCUUUUGAUGGGAGGGGGGUCUGAAUAUAACAAAAUAUAUACACACAUAUAUGCAUGCCCAAGGCCGCAAGAUAGGUCAUAUGCCGAUUUUAGCAAACAUCUAGACGUGUAUCUGUACAUUUCAAAAUGCCUAUUUUACUUUUCCUGAUAGACACGUCCGCUUCUAUGAAUCAGCGCACUUAUUUGGGUACGACGUUUCUGGACAUUGCUAAAGGCGCGGUUGAGAUCUUUAUGAAGCUGCGUGCCCGAGACCCGGCUAGUAGAGGCGACAGGUACAUGCUAGUUACAUUUGAUGAUCCACCAUACGGCGUAAAGGCAGGUUGGAAAGAGAAUCAUGCCACAUUCAUGAGCGAGCUGAAGAACUUGCAGGCAUCUGGAAUGACUACACUGGGUAAUGCUCUCCGGGCAGCAUUCGACCUGCUCAAUCUCAACAGACUAGUGUCUGGCAUUGACAACUAUGGGCAGGGUCGUAAUCCUUUCUUUCUGGAGCCGUCUGUCAUUAUUACGAUUACGGAUGGAAACAAACUGACGCACAGCUCUGGAGUAGCUGAGGAGCUUCUUCUGCCACUGAAUUCUCCAUUGCCGGGUAGUGAGCUGACAAAGGAGCCGUUCCGCUGGGACCAGCGACUCUUUGCCCUAGUGCUGCGGCUACCAGGGAUAGCUGUGCCUGACAGCGAGCAGCUGGGCAGUGUGCCUACUGAUGAGUCUGCUAUCACUCAGAUGUGUGAUGUCACUGGAGGUCGCUCUUACUGUGUGAGGACACAAAGGAUGCUGAAUCAGUGUCUUGAGUCUCUCGUCCAAAAGGUGUUGAGUGGAGUUGUUAUACACUUUGAGAAGACCGGUCCAGAUCCACCUGUGAUAGGUGAAGAUGGUUUGGUGGAUCCAGCUCGUCCUUUGUCGUCCUUCAGCCCACAGCCCUGGCACAGCUGCCACAAACUUAUUUAUGUCCGACCCAACCCAAAGACGGGCGUACCUGUGGGUCACUGGCCGAUUCCGGAAUCCUUCUGGCCUGACCAGAACUCCCCCACUCUGCCUCCUCGUUCAGCCCAUCCUGUAGUGCGGUUUUCUUGUGUCGACUGCGAGCCUAUGGUUAUCGACAAACUGCCUUUUGACAAAUAUGAGCUGGAACCAUCACCACUCACUCAGUACAUCUUGGAAAGGAAAUCUCCUCACAUGUGUUGGCAGGUGUUUGUGAACUGCAGCGGUAAACACAGUGAUGUCGCCCACCCGUUUGGUUACAUAAAAGCCAGCACUACACUCACCUGUGUCAACAUCUUCGUCAUGCCUUACAACUACCCCGUCCUGUUGCCACUACUUGAUGAUUUUUUUAAAGUGCACAAACUAAAGCCAAACCUCAAGUGGCGACAGUCCUUUGAAAUGUACCUGAAGUCUAUGCCACCUUACUUUCUCUUGCCCCUCAAGAAGGCACUGAGGAUGAUGGGAGCCCCAAAUCUCAUCUCUGACAACAUGGAUUGUGGCCUGAGCUACAGUGUAAUAUCCUACCUGAAAAAACUCAGCCAGCAGGCAAAGAUUGAGUCAGACCGUCUAAUUGUGUCUGUCGGAAAGAAGCCUCCUCAAGAGACAGGCAUCAAGGUGAAGAACCACUUGAGUGCCCUGUCCCUGGCACACCACUGUGAUUUCAAGCAGCUGCUGCAGGGCAUCACGGGCGAGGUGCCCCUCCGACUCGUCGACAUGAACUUCAAAGAGUUUGCUGGUUUCCAGAUUGCACUCCUCAACAAGGAUUUGAAGCCCCAGGCCUAUCGGAAUGCCUAUGAUAUUCCCAGGCGGAACCUUCUGGAUCAAGUGACCCGAAUGCGAUCCAACCUUUUAAGGACGACACAGAAGCUGAUCAGAGGCCAGGAUGAUGACUUCUUGCACAGUAUUCCAGUGGGGCAUAUGGGAAAUUAUCAGGAGUAUCUGAAGAUGAUGCCAUCACCUCUGCGUGAAAUUGAUCCGGACCAGCCCAAACGACUGCACACAUUUGGCAACCCAUUCAAACAGGACAAGAAGGGGAUGAUGAUAGAUGAAGCAGAUGAGUUUGUAACAGGCCCACAAAAUAAGAAGCGAGGGAAUAUAGGGGAUGCGAACUCGGGCACUGCCCUGAAGAGGCGGAGGAGCAUGUCCCCUCUACUGCGCCGGCCCCAAACACCUCCAAUAAUAACCAAUCAUGUACUGGGCAAGGGCCCCACAGGCACCCAGGGUCAGCAAGGAAUCAUUAAGCCCAUCCCACUCCACAAAGGAACAGAGGGGAAUAGUGUUGUGGCCACAGAAAGUAAUGGAGAACAAGUGCCGGGUGGGGAGUCUGGAGAUGAGUGGCCUGGAGGAGAAGAUGGAGUAGAAGGAGGACCUGCACCUCAAGAGGAGAAGGAAGAGGAUGGGGCACCAGACAGUGAGGAAGAGAGAAUGGGACUGGAGAACUGUCUGGAUGAAAGACCCUCUGAUCAAACACAAAACUGUGAGGACUUGAGUCCUCUAGACCAAGAAGAGGCGCUGGAGGGCAAUGAUGCCGAUGCUCCAGCACAGGGCACAAUUGUUAUGAUUCCCCUGGAAGGGAGUAAUGCAGAGCUGCGCACUCGAGUCAUUAAAGAGGUUCGCAAACCUGGUCGCAAUUAUCAGGCAAUAUUCAGAUUACUGGAGGAAGUGAAAGGACCAAUGUCAGUGCAGAGGUACUUUAUUCAUCAUGCCAUCAAAGAGGCAGCCAGGUUUAAGAAGCGUGUGCUGAUCCAGCAACUUGAAACUGUUCUUGAGGAGAUAGAAGAUAGACAGGUGCUGCCUGCACAGCUCAACAACAUCCACCACAGCAGAUAGUGAAACACCAUAGCUCACCGCUGAGAGGCAAACAAGAACACGGAGAAGCGGCAGAGUGCACCGGCUGAGCACAUGUUUUGAGACCGACCCUUCAGUCUCAGUACUGUGCUUUAGGAUAAGAUGUAGUGAGGGUAAGUUUGGGAGGAUGGAGGAAAUGUGGAGGCCUGACUGGCCACGCUCUGCUCCAGACCCUCCCAGUUAGGGUCAGGAUUACCUGAAUUGUGUCAAAACUCUGAAAGAGUGCUCACAAUGGAGAGAGGUGUUCCAGGUUCAACAGGGAUUUACUGUCAGUUUGCAGGUGAUGGCCUGAAAGUGACCAUCAUUUAACCAUGAAUAAGCACACUCCAGAAACGCCAAGCUUCAUCCACUGUGUAAUGUUACAGGGUCAUCCAAGGCAGAGGUCAAUACCUGUCAUGUGAAGCGAUUACUGUAUGUCUAUAGAGUACCUAUGUCCACAGUUUUUUGCAUUAAUGGAUAGUUCAAAACAGAAGAUAGUAUUGAAGACCUAUGUUGGAUUUGUGUUUGCAUUAAAUGCUACCAACCCAUGGGGUUAACAACAUAGUUGGACCUUCAAAUCAGUCUGGAUUGGGAACUAUACAGUUGUAGACCUCUUAAGAGCAAUAACCCUUCCCUCAUCAGUACAUGCCAGGCUCAAUUUUACUUCCAAAUUGUGGAAAACACUUACAUGCAGUUCAGACAGUUGUUUUUACAGUGAAUACAGACUGUAUUCAGGCAGAUCCUCAAGAGGACAAAGGACCUUGACGACUCAGUAUGAAAUCUCGGUAGCUGACCUGUACCUGUAUUUGUGGUGAUAUGUAAUGUCACAUAGAUUAGUAUCAUUCAACUACAUUUUUCAAGAUGCAAUGUCCUCUAAGCAAUAGUGUCAACUGAAAAUUGUCUCAUCCACCCUGUCCAAACAGACAAACGCACUUGGAUCAUCACACAAAUGGGAAAAUGGCAGCCAUUGUUUGAAGACCUUGACCAACAGGUCGACAGUUUUGAUUCUGUCCAAUAUGUGGUCAUGUGAUGUGUUUCACCGUCCUCUGCUCAAGUGAGGAGCAGUUGCAAGACUCGUUUGUUUCAUUUCACUGACAAAUGUUACAUUAGUGACCCGUUUUUGUUCAUUUUUAAAAACAGAUGUAUACUACUUUUUAAUGUUCAUAAAUAAUAUAGAUUAUUUUUGGAUGGUAUUCCUACAAGAACAUAAGAAUAUUUUAAGAAUUGUAUAAAACAUUUUUUAAACUGAUAUUAUA